CAAGAUAAUGCACCUGUCGAAUUGUGGGAGACUUUAUAAGGUCCGAAGCUGUCAAAGUUGGAAAAGGAGAGGUCGUACGUAGCGCUCUGCGAUGGUACACGUAUGUCUCCUGCUCAAACGUCGUCAAAAUUCGAGCAAUGAUGUACUAAAGGCAAUUAUCUUCUAAAAGACAUUGAGAAAUAAAAAAGUUAAGUAACUCAGCCAUCAAGCAAAAUGAACAAUCAAGCAUUCAGUUUGGCUGAGAGACUCAUUCCAUCAACUUACGUGCAACAAGGACUAAAUGCGAAGAAAACGCGUGAAAAUCAAAUAAGACAUUUUAUCGAACACCGAAAAUGGCCAGAGGAUGGAUGGGACGAUGCUACAAUAGAAGCAUUUCUAGCCGACCUCGCACAAAUGGACAGCAACAACUUCCCCUCGAAUUGCAGUGUGGGCGAACGGGAGGCAAGAAUCAUUUCGAACAUUGUUGCCAGACGCCACUUUCGUAUGGGCCAUGGAAUCGGAAGAUCCGGUGACUUGGAGGAAGUGCAGCCAAAAGCGGCUGGCAGCAGUCUCAUGUACAAGUUGACAAAUGCUUUGGUCCUGGAAGUAAUUCGAUACAUGGGGGUGAAAACCAUAGCAGGUUGUUUUUUAUCGCCAAUGGCUACGGGCAUGAGUUUGGUUCUUUGUAUGCUGACGUUCAAACAAGACAGACCUCGAGCCAAAUACGUCCUGUGGUCGAGGAUCGACCAAAAGUCAAGUUUCAAGUCCAUAAUCACAGCGGGACUUGAACCAGUGGUUCUAGAAAUGCAAAUAGUAGGCGACGAAUUAAAAACCGACAUGCAAAGGCUCGAGGCUCAAAUGUCAGCUUUAGGUGAAAGUGUUGCAUGUGUACUCACAACAACGAGUUGUUUUGCUCCCCGAGCUUGUGAUUCCAUUGACGCAAUUGCCGCGCUUUGUACUCAAUACAACAUUCCACAUCUAGUCAACAAUGCUUACGGUUUACAGAGUACGAGAUGCAUGCACCUGAUACAGGAGGCGUCGAGGAAGGGAAGAGUGGAUGCGUUUGUUCAAAGUACGGAUAAGAAUUUUUUAGUUCCAGUCGGUGGUGCAAUAAUUGGCUCAUUCGACAAAAAUAUUUUGGAUCGAAUUUCAAAAAUUUACCCUGGCCGUGCGAAUGCAAGUUCUGUGAUGGAUGUUAUGAUAACGCUUCUGAGUCUUGGUAUGGCUGGUUACAAGCAACUUAUUGCUCAACGAAAGGAAAUGUAUUCAUAUUUGAAAGAUGAACUUGGCAAAAUUGCCAAUCGUCAUGGCGAGAGACUUCUCGAUACGAAAGGGAACCCCAUUUCCAUGGGCAUGACACUGCAAUGUCUUAGUCAUCAGCACGAUAAUAAACAGGUGACAAUGUUGGGUUCCAUGCUAUUUCUCAGGAAUGUCAGCGGAACAAGAGUUAUUACAACAACAGACUCGAAACUUAUCGCUUCCCACAAAUUUGAAGGUUGGGGAGCUCAUAAUAGUAAUUAUCCGGUGCCGUAUCUAACAGCGGCUGCCGCGCUCGGAAUGAGGCGAUCGGAUGUCGAUAUGUUUAUUCAGAGACUGGAUAAAGCGUUGACGAAAGUAAGACGACGAUCGGCACCAGUGACACCUACAGCGUCAUUGGCAGGUUCCAGCAUCAAUGGCGAUGCCAGUGGUGCUGGUGGUCCAGGUGAAUCAAGCACAGCAUCCACUAGCCGAGCAAGUAGUAAAGAUAGCCUGCGGAAAUGAACCGUAAUCAACGCAACUGGCCAGUCGAAUCAGCACAUUAAUCUCAAUUUAUAAGCGUUUGCUUGUAAAAAUUCUCUUCUUCUCAAAAAUAUCUUCGUUAUAGUCCUCUCUUAAAAGUCAAUUGAUAAACUGAAUUGAAUAAAUCAACUAUUCAAAUUUCUUAUUGACCCAAAAAAAGAAAAAAUAAUUAUUUAUUGACUUCAUUUCUUCGACAAUCAGCAUUAUGAUCUUUGUUUAUAAAAAUUAAUAACAAAGAGAUGUAAAUUGAAGAAAUUUUAGAGAAGAAGUAAUUUAAUGAGCUGAUCGGUCUGUCCUUUUGCGUUGAGAAAUCGACGAUUUAGAAAAUAUUUAAAAAUAAGGGUACUAAAUUCGUACACUUUCUUUUUAUUUUUUCGCAAGAAAAGACAAAAUCACGUAUCGGAAAUUCGUGAAAUAUUUGUUACUCAAGAACUUGGUACAUUGUUUUUUGUAACAAUUACCAUUUGUAUUUGAGUCCUUUCUUAAAAAAGACAUGGAGUGGAAAGGUCGAAUGUAUCGAAAAGUAUCGAAGUAAAGAAUGGGCAAUGAGAAUGUAAAAUCUUAAUAGAAGGGUGUUUUCAAAAUUGUUUGGACAUUAGA